AUGGACUUGGUGCCGAAGCAGCAGCAGAGCAAGGAGAAGCAAGAGGAGGAGCAGGAAGAGGAGAUGAUGAUGGUCUUGGCGGAGCACGGGGACCGGCCGGCUUUCGGUCACGGCGGCGGCGGGCGCAGGAGCGAGAUCAAGGAGGUGGACUUCUUCUCCGCCGCCGCCGCCGCCGCUCGCCGCAUGACUGACGACGACGAUGGGGGUCGAGAUGAGGCCGCAGGAGCACUGGCACGCGGUUGCCAUAACACCACGGUCAACACUGCACUGGACCUGCUGACCUGCAGGGCGGCGGCGGCGACGCCAGCAGCAGUCGACAGCGGCGAUGGGACGGCGUGUGGUCGUGAUAAAGAGGUGGAUGCGGCGGCGGUGGAGGGGGAGCUCCGGCAGGCCGGCGAGGUGAACCGGCGGCUGCGGCGGAUGCUGGAGGAGCUCACCCGCAGCUACAGCGCGCUCUACCAUCAGCUCAUCCAAGCCCAGCAGGCCCAGCAGCAGCAGUACCAGCAACAACAGGCCAGCAGAGGCGCAGCGAACCCGAUGCUACCGGCGGAAAUGACCGGAGUGCAAUUCAUGGACCACGGCCGGGUGGCUCCGGCGAUAGCAGGAGCGGCGGCGGUGGCCCCGCCGGCGUUCAGCGGUGACAAGGCGGAUUCAGACGGUGGCAGCGGCAGCGGCGGUGAAGCGGAUCAAAACGAUGGGAUGAGGACGCCUGGGCGCGGAGAGAACGCCGAGCGGGCGCUGGCGCCGGCGGCGGAGGCGCCUUUGCGGAGGGCAAGGGUGUCCGUGCGCGCACGGUCCGAGGCCUCAAUGAUCAGAGAUGGAUGCCAAUGGAGGAAGUAUGGACAGAAGAUGGCCAAGGGUAACCCAUGGCCCAGAGCUUACUACCGCUGCACAAUGGCCACAGGAUGCCCAGUGCAACGGUGCGCGGAGGACAAGGCGGUGCUGAUCACCACGUACGAGGGCACGCACAACCACCAGCUGCCGCCGGAUGCGGCGGCGAUGGCCAAGACGACCUCCGCCGCGGCGGCCAUGCUCCUGUCGGGCCCGGCCGUCAGCCACGACGCGGGCGCUCUCUUCGCCGGACACCACGUCGCGGCCCCGGCGCCGCUCUUCCAGUACCACCACCCCUACGCGUCCGCCAUGGGCGGCGCCACGCUCUCCGCCUCCGCGCCGUUCCCGACCAUCACCCUCGACCUCACGCACUCGCCGCCGCCGGGGGCGGCGGCGGCGGCGGCCGCGGGCCUGCUCCAGCACUACCGUCAGCUGUCACCCGUCCCCGCCAUGCCGCCGUUCACGAUGUACGGCUUCCCUGCUGCCGCUGGGCACAGGCCGGCGGCGACGCUGUUGGGUUUGGACGGCAGGAACCGGUCGGCGCUGGAGACCAUGACCGCCGCGAUCACCAGCGACCCCAACUUCACCACGGCCCUGGCGGCCGCCCUGUCGACGAUCAUGGCGGGAGGUGCUGAGCCACCAGCUCUCCGGAGCGGCGCCGCUGACACCGCCGGAGAUGGUGGUAACAGUAGCGGCGGCAUUGAGCCCGCCAAGGCUGCGGCAGCCGGAGCACGUGAGACUGCAUUGCAUGCGCUUUUGCAGAGACUUCAUGAUAGCCGGCAAUGA